AUGUCUUUUCAUAUUCCUGAAAGGAAGGUGGAAAAGUUUAAGAGUCUUUUAGGUUCUGUAAUUGGAGAUACGUCGCCCUCGUAUCGAGAAUUGGCCGGAAUCGCCGGUUCUAUAAUUUCUGUUACCUUGGCAGUGGGGCCCACUUCACGUCCUCUAACCAGACAAAUAUACCUCGCAAUUGAAUCACGAUCAGCGUGGGACCACACCAUUCGUUUUUCUCCGGCUGUUUUGAAAGAGUUGAGAUUUUGGUACAGCAACAUCGACUCGUUUAACGGCUAUUCUGUUUGUCCACCCCCUGAUUCGUCAACGGUUACUUUCUCUGAUGCUAGUGAUGUCGCCUUUGGCGGGUUUUCGGCCUCCUUAGACGGCGUAAUGGCUAGCGGCAUGUUCACGUCUGAAGAUCUUGGUCAGAGCUCCACGUACCAUGCUAAAUGGGGUCCUCAUACAUUCGACCGCUUCGCGACCUAUUACAAUGCUCAGCUCCCUCGGUUUAACUCGAAGUUUGCCUCUCCCGGAUGCAGUGGGGUCGACGCAUUGGCACAAGACUGGAGCGCCGAAAACAACUGGAUAUGUCCCCCAGUUAGUCUGAUCGUCGAUUCUGUCCGUCAUCUCAUGUCUUGCUUUGGCCGCGGGACAUUGAUCAUCCCCGAAUGGCCCUCCGCUCAUUUUUGGCCUUUCUUGCGUGAAGGGUCUUCUCGGUUUAGCUCGUAUGUCGCGGAAGUGUUUGUUCUGCCUGCAGUCGAGGAUCUACUAUUGGAGGGUCCUGGUCAGAAGCAGAUCUAUAAGUCUCGACCUUCUAUUUUUNUAGCCCGCGGGUCUUCACGAAGUGCAUCUUGGGAACACAAGGUUUCAAAAUGGCGAGUGGUGCUGGCAGCCUCGAAGAACAAGUCUGGUCGGCCGUCAGAUCCGCUGUCAGAGAAGAACUAUCCUCACGAAGUGGAAGAACCCGAUAUUGAUGCUGACGAGGAAUAUGGUCUAAUCGACAACAUGAUUGUGAUCAAAGGUCAGUGCGAUUUUUAUCCUGAUUACUCAGAAGAAGAGAUACGGUCGGAGUUGGUUUCCUUGUUCAAGACAAAGUUACCCCUUAUUACAAGCAGGGAUUUCGACUUCGUGAGAAGGGAAAGAAAUACUAUUUCUGUGCUAGUAGUUAAAGAGAAUCACAAGUGGAAACAUAAACAUGUUAAAGAUCUUUGUGGCACAGGACGGCUGUAUGUAAGAUUGAAUGUGGCACGGGAAACCCUAGUCACAAGUGAUGAUGAGAUCGAAGGAGGUGAUCAGCAUGAAAGCACUGAAAGUCAAUCAUCUGUGCAAGCUGUUAACAACCAGCCAAAUGUCCUUUGUGUUAGCUCUGGAAGUAUGCAAGUGGGCACAACUGAUGAAGUUGAGAGUUACAGCUCCCCUCAGUGGUCUUAUCAGUCUGUGGAUUCAUCAUUCAUUGAUUGGUGUCGAGUCUUUGUCAUCCAUUUUUACAAGUGCAAGUAG